AUGAAUUCCGAAAUAUUGGCUAUGCAUGAUGUGGAUUUGGAGGAGGGCGAGCUCUCGGAUAGCUCUGACGAAGUUUAUAUACCACUUCAAAGACCAGUAUUGACCAAAACAGCACCAUCAACACCCACACCUGCCUCAAAUCAUUAUGCGAACAAAAUGGACGAUGAAAGCGAUAGUUCAACUUCAUCAUCGUCGUCAGAUGAUUCGUCGGAUACAUGCUUGAGGAAGCUCAAUAAAGAGAAGAAGGCUCGUCCCAAGAAGCACAUCAAACGCACCGUAAUGGUACGCAUAAAUGCCACGGCCCAAGAUGGGUCAGAACAAAAGAGAUCACGCUUUAAAAAAUAUGACAUUUGGACAGCCGCACUACAGGAAGAUGCCUUAACGGAGAAUAUGCGGGGUUGCGAUGUCACCCAGAAUGGUUUUAAUGAUCGUAAUGUUGAAAAUUACGAUUUCUCGCUACACUAUCGCCUCAAUGGUGGUAAUAGUCUGAAACGUCGGCUUUCCGGCGAUGAGGACUCUUCGGAUAAUGAACCACAACAGCCACAAAAUAAACGUCAACGACCAUCAAGUCGUGGCGAAUGCCACAGCCGACCUUCGUCUAAGCAAUCGGUACACCAGCGUUUGGGUAAAAAGAGAAAUGUUCGUGAUAGCCGUUACUCGUCAACGAAUAGUUCGGAUUCAUCGUAUGAACCGCGUCUCAUUGAUGAUCUUGAGGAAAUUGGUGAUCGCAGUCCAUUGGAUGUGGCCCGUGAAAUGGCCAAAAAAUUGCAUGAGGAAAAGGAUGAUUUAAUAGUGAGAAUUGUGGAUAUACUGGGUCUUGAAUUGCCAUUGAAAAUUUUCAAGGAAACCCAGCGCAUUGAAGCUGAUGGUGGCAUGACUAUUAAUAAUGGUCAAAGACGUCGCACCCCCGGCGGUGUAUUUCUAUUUCUAAUCAAACAUAAUGAUACCAUAAGUGCCGAAGAUCAAAAAGCCAUCUUUUCCGAAGAUCGUACAAAUGCCAAUAAAAAACACAAAUUAAUGAAGACCCUAAUGCGAGAACGUAAAGUUGAAGAGCUGAAGAAACGCCUUAGCGAACAGGGAGCCGAAUUGAAUGCACCACCACUGUGUACGCGCAAAGAGCUAAUGUUAAUGGGCGAUGAGGCAUUAAAGGAGCAACAAAAAGGCAAUCUUUCUAAUCCUCCACCAUCACCCGAAGCAGCUGAACAAAGUCCCGAAUAUAAAUCCCUACCCAUAAAUGUUGUUAGCAAUGAAACAGUGGAACAGCCAUCGGAAAAACCCUCAACCUCUCGUGGUGCGGUAGAUGUGGAUGAGCUGAAAGCAUACGAAGAUGAUUUUCUAGAUGUUCAUUGUGGUGAUAUGGAUUUCUUUUGA